UCGUGGAUGUUGCUGGAACGUAAGAGCAUCAGCACAGGCUGCAGAGGCUGGCUUGACUGCAGCGGCGCAAACCUCUCACCAGGCGGGCACAAGAGAGGCAAGAGGCGUUCUCUCUGCUGCUGCUGCUCCUAGUGCUCUGCACAAGUGUCGGUGCACAGCUGUCGGUGUCCCAAGCAGGAGAGCAUCACCCGUGAGGCACGAUGACCCAAGGGAAGCUCUCUGUGAAUAACAAGCCUCCUAACUCCGAGGGACAGGGAGAGAAAAAGGACAAUGCGACCGCCCCAUCGGCACCCCCGACGUAUGAGGAAGCAACUUCAGGGGAAGGGAUGAAAACGGAGGCGUUCUCCCCUCCACCGUCUGUGCCCCUCCACCCCAGCUGGGCUUACGUGGACCCCAGUGCCAGCCCAAACUACGGCAGUGGAGGGUACCCCGGGGACACGGAGCUACUCACGACCUUCAACUGGGAUGACAAAAACGUGCGCAGAGUGUUCGUCAGAAAGGUCUAUGCCAUUCUUAUGCUCCAGCUGUCUGUCACUGUCAGCAUUGUGGCUCUCUUCACCUUCUGUGAGCCAGUCAAAGGUUACGUCCAGUCAAACCCAGCCUGGUACUGGGCUUCCUAUGCCGUGUUCUUUGUGACAUACUUGAUCCUGGCUUGCUGCUCCGGACCCAGGAGGUAUUUUCCAUGGAACCUGAUCCUCUUGAGUAUCUUUACUCUCUCCAUGUCCUAUCUCACUGGAAUGCUCUCCAGCUAUUACAACACCACGUCGGUUCUCUUGUGCCUGGGGAUCACAGCCUUGGUGUGUCUUUCCGUCACCAUCUUCAGCUUCCAGACCAAGUUUGACUUCACCUCCUGCCAGGGCGUCCUCUUCGUCAUGCUCAUGGUGCUGCUCUUCAGCGGGAUCAUCCUGGCCAUUCUCCUCCCCUUCCAAUACGUGCCGUGGCUCCAUGCCAUAUAUGCCGUGCUGGGUGCGAUUGUCUUUACUAUGUUCCUGGCAUUCGACACGCAGCUGCUGAUGGGGAACCGCCGGUACUCACUGAGCCCAGAGGAAUACAUCUUCGGAGCCCUCAAUAUCUACCUGGACGUCGUCUACAUCUUCUCCUUCUUCCUCCAGCUCUUCGGCUCCAGCCGGGAGUAAGCGCAGUGAGAAAGCGUCUGUCCUCGCCCGGCGAAACAGAAAAAUGUUAAAAAACAAAACAAAACAAAACAAAAAAAAGAGGGGGAAAAUAUAGCCAACCUUUCUGGUCCCUUUGCCAGCUCCAUUCCAUCUACUGAGCAACCCCCCUGGUUCCUUCUGCAGCUUGUACAUAUGCUGUUAACCCUUUGUGACCCAGAAAGCAAACUGGGGUGGAAAUGCUAGGCGCCCUCCCACCCCCUGAAAUCAAACCAGAGCUGGGUCGGUAGUGCCGGCGGGGCAGCAGGCUGGGCUCUCGCAUUUGCAGAGGUCACUAGGGUUCCCCAUCUGGCUUCGGCACAUUAUUGCAUGUAGGUACGUUACCGUGUGUGCUACUGAGGGGUUUGGAGAGGGUCCCAUAUGAGGAAAGAUUAAAGAGGCUAGGACUCUUCAGCUUGGAAAAGAGGAGACUAAGGGGGGAUAUGAUAGAGAUCUAUAAAAUCAUGAGUGAUGUGGAGAAAGUGGAUAAGGAAGCGAAUGGCGCCUCUUUGCAAUCUCGCUAGCAGACCUGGUGCGAGAAGAGCGGCUCUCCAUCAGGGGCAGCCCCCUAAGAGACAUCCCCAGCACCCUCCAGGCCUUCCUGUGUCUCCUUUCUACCAGACCACAAAACUGAGAGCACCCUUUCCUCCCAUAAUGCCUCCCAGGCCAGGCUGAUCACUGAUGUGGGACUCACCUACCCAGCCAGCUGCCUCAGGGGAUGAGUAGACUGGAGCUGUCUAAGGUAUGGGCCCCAGGCAGGAUUGCAAACAGGUGUCAAGGGGUCAUGAUACCAGCCUGCCCUUUCCAUAUCACUAAAUGUGGAGGGAGGGUAGGUCCCAACUAGAUGAGUCCCAGGAUGGAGAAGAUUGAGAAGCACCAGCCUAUGCAAAGCCAGGAUCCCUGUGUCCAGGGGGAAGAUGGUGAGAUUGGACAAAGACCCUAGGGGCUCAUAUGGACUCAUUAGUGUCCUACAGUAAUGGCUUCGAACUCUAGAUGCUCCAUCGUGCAGUGCGUCCGGGGUCACCACCAUCACAAAUGCAGUUGUAUUGCUUGGUGAGCAUGCCCAGCUUGGAAGGGCAGAGAGGUGUCUGCACCACACCCCGGUGGUACUGCCCGGAUGCCCCCUAUGCAUGCUCCCCAGCUGCAGAUUGGACAGCGGGCGCUGGAGAGAUCUUUCUAACCACUGGAGAGCGUCACAUCCACCAGCAGGGUUGGGUGGCAUUAAUGCUGUUGAACAAGCUUCCCUGACGCCGCCCUCCUCCAUCGCAGCAAUGCAGCAGAAGGCUCCUCCUCUUGAGGCGACUUCUGAGAUGCUGAAACUACGGAACUUGUAAACACUGACAUCACGUGAGUCACCCAAGAACAGGGUGCCAGCUGCAGGCACCCUAAAGGUGGAUCUCCAUGCAAUUGCCAGGCCUGCUACCUGUCAGCUGGCACGAAGAACCAGGUGUUUCUCGCACUACCCUUUGCUGGUGAGCAGAUGUUUCAUCACCUCUCCACGGAAGGCACUUAGUACUCAAGAAAAAAUAGCUGACCUGCGGCCUGCCGCCAAGGAGGCAGAGUCUGAUCAGAUUAGCAGGGACAGAACCAAACGGAGGAGGAGCUGUGCUGCAGUUGGACAAAAUACCGACAUCCCCAUUUUAAAAAGUCCAUUCUACCAACAUGAAUAACGUGGCAGAGGAGCUGAUCUAGGGUUAUCCUGCCCCAUUGUUGCACCUUCAGGGGAACCCAAUGCAGUUUUGAAGAAGGAAACUGGGGACUACACCCAGGAGUACCCAAGAAAUACCCACAUCAUUUAGUGAGGGCUACCCAGGUGGCAUUCCGAGAAACCCCUUGGAAUAGAGUGCCAGGUCUUAGUGCCCUGUGCCAGGUUGUAGGACCCUGAGGACAAAAAAGAGCUGUCUUGCUGACUCAUCCUGGCAGCCAGAUCAGGUGGAUCCUAUGAGCACCAACCCAGGAUAUAAAAGGGAUUUUCAAGUGUCUCCCUGAGACAGAGAAAGCACUAGGGUCAGGGACAGAGGCGGUCCUUCCGGGAGCAGUCGCAGAAACAGCAAAAUUCAGGCGCAAGCUCCGGUGACGAGUUUCUAUUUAUUGCUAUUGAACUUAACAGUAAAGGGGGCCCUAGGAAAAAGGGUAAGUUUGGACUCAAGCCUGGGUGUGUGAGGAGAAAAGGGGGAAUGCCCCUGCCGCUGACACAGAGUGGCAGCCCGAGAAAUGCCCACUAUCCGGAUGGAUUGCUGAGGAGCACCCACGAACCGCCCAGGCGGGGCUCUCUCCCGCAGAACUACCCUGCGCUCAGGCUAUGAAAGGCCAGGUAGUGAAAGCAGCCCCUUUGCUAUUCAACUAUUCAAGCCCUCAUUUUCAGCUCCCCUGCCCUCCAAGCGGAGCCAGCUUUGUGGAUGCCUCCGAGUGCACCAGUAUCUUUCCAUCUUCGCCCUGUUAAUAUCCCCCAUUUGGAAAUCAACCGGCUAAUUAACUGCAGGGCCCCAGGCUGAGAUAAGAUAAGAGGCAUUUAACUCUUAUUUAAAAGGCGAUCCUUCCCCCUGAUAGGGCCCUUUAUCUGAAAUCUCCCUGGGAAGACCAGGGCAUGUGCGUCAGCGGGUUGCUUCUAGCCAUUCCAACCCGCUGGAGGGGGAACCCGUGCCAAGCUCUCCAUACUGUACAUUCUUUCUCCGCUGCUCUCCGGCUUCCCAGGCGCGCACACGCCUUCCGCACGUGCCUCGGCCCCACGCUGAGCAAAGCAGAGGAAAGUUACUGUGCCCAGGGUUGUAGGAAGUAAAUCUCGGGCUCCUUUCCCGCGCCGCUGCUGAUCUCCCGUGUUCAGAGAUAAUCCUGCUCUUCCCACACCCCCUUUCCCUUCCUGAUCCAACUGCAUCACUUUUGUAUGCAUCCGGGACACGGCGUGGGCACUCAGAGACCAGGGGGAUGGGCGUCUGUGGAAGGCCCCAUCGAGAGGGACUUGGCGAUGCUGCAAAGGACAGCCCCUCUGAACUUCGCAGCGGGAAUGGGGGAGAGUUGAUGGUGUCGUUCUGGAUUUACACCAGUGGUGGCAGAAAACAGGCUUUGGCCCCUCUGGGUUGUAUGGCGACAUAUCUAGUGUACUCUGCAUCUGCAAGUGUAGCCAUGCCUUGAGUGCAGGGGGCUGGAUCAGAUGAUCUCUCGAGGUCCUUUCCAGUUCUAUGAUUCUAUGUCAGUUGGAGGUGUGGUUGCAGCUCGGGUAGGCAUACCUCUGCUGGCUUGAUUCCCUUGCUUCCCUGGGGAGAUCAAAACAGCAGAAGAGAUCAAGUGCUGGCUGCAGAAGCUUUCCAAGCCGGGACCCAGUUCACCGUGGCCCUGCGUCAUGAGUCUUCAUUUACAUCAGUGCAAAGUGGGCACGAAACACAGGUGUAAAUGGUGACACGUGGUGCUGGUUUAGCAGAGAAGCAGGCCUGAAUGCUACGAGGUGAAAGGAGACAGUUGGGUACAUACCAGUCCUGGCACAAUUUGCUUCUCAACAUAUUUGCCCUGCCUGUCUCCUCAAGAAUGAGUUCUUACAAAAGACAACCCCUAAUCCACGGAUUCAUUUAUUUAUGAAAUUCCUAUGGCUUGCAAACAAAGCAAAUAGGCUGUUAUAUAUUGUUGCAAAUCCAUGAUCACAUUGGCUCUUCCUAGAUGUUGCUGCACUGCACACAGUGGCCAUUUAGAACUUCACGGCGACAGUAGGGAUAGAACAUGGAUCUUUCUAGUCCAAAAGCCCAACCUCCUGGGCUAAAGGAGAAUCUCCAUUAGCUGCUGGCAGUAUAGGACCUAUGAUACACAGUUGAAUUCUGUUUCUAUCUUGUAGAGUGAGGUGGUGCACAUAUAUAUUAGCUGGGUCAGUGCAAUAUCUUGCACAGGAUACUGCAACCCUUAAAACAAUACAGAGAGGAGGGUGGAGGAAGGGAAAUAAGUGCCCUGACCAAGAAAAUUAUUGAGCACUUGGAAACAGGGGACAGAUGCAAUUGCAGGGGAGAAAUUGUCUGGAUACCCCCCUCACCCAUUCCCUAGUCAAACCCUCACUGCAAGGAUCUUAGCAUAAACUGAAAUCACAGUUUCCCUCGUUAUCUACCCCCAGAGAGCUACUGCAGAGCAGGGCAAAUGCUUCCCUCUGCACCUACGCCAGGGCUGAUUUUUAAGGCUUUAGCAGCCUCCUGAGUUGCAGUCUUCCAGCCCGAGAAGGACCCGGAUCUGGAUACUUCAGGGAAAAGUCCAGCUCCAGGUCCAAACUUUGCAGCUGCCUCCUGCCUCUACAAUGGGUAGAAUCGGAAUCCAAAUGCCUCCUGGAUUUGGGGAGAAAUUUGGAUCUGGCUCCAGGUCCAAUCUUUGCCCCCUCUCCCUACAAGCGGCUUGAUCCGAAUGCCAGGUAUACUUUGGGAGAAGUCCAGAUCCGGAUCCCCACUUGGCCAUAUCUCUUCUGCAGCGUGGAGUGAUUCGCCUUUCACUACCGAGGCCUGAGCUGCAGCUUCUGCUCCGGGUCCCCCUGUUUUCCAGUGGAAAACACCUGCAUGGCACCUGCUAGUCUCUCUCCAGGGGAAAACAAUGAAACCAAACUAGCUUGCUGCCCCUUUGUGUUCCUUGGUGGAAUUGCAGGGGCUCCCAUCCUUGCAUGUCCUGUCUGUUCGGUCGCUGCUGCUGCUUCUUAGCCUCCUUUGUGGGUUGCAGCCGAUCCAGUUCUCCAAGCAAGGGCCCGAUCCUGUUCCCCGUUGAAGCCAGCAGCAAAAGUCCCCGGUGCUCGGAUACAACAGGGAUGAGGGAGGCGUUAGCACUGAGCGAGACGAAGCCUCUGUUGGUUUCAGUGAUGCAGGAGAGGGGCCCUCAGGGGGACCCCUCAGAGGGCGAGGGCUGGGUUUUCCCUAGGUGGGCUCGGGUGAGGCGGGAUUGUUUGUCUCCAUCCGCACAGCUCCCCUUGCUAUGUCCUUGUGCUCUAUCCUCGGAAUCCCAGCUCCCCCUGUGACCAGCGCACUCCUCCCUCCUUCCAUUCCUUUGAUUUCCUUGUAAAUAAAAUUUUGUAUUUUCUCUGGACAUUGCUAAUAAAUUGUUGCAAAACUGG